CCGCCUCGGUACUUACACUGACUCAGAAGACUUAUUAUAACCUCUUCUCUAGAACCCUUUAGUUGAUGUGAACAAUGCCGCAGAGAAGUGAAGUCCACUACUUUGGCGCUGGCCCGGCACCACUGCCAACUCCGGUGCUGGAGGAGGCUUCGAAAGUGUUACUCAACUACAACGAUUCUGGCAUUGGCCUAACAGAGAUCUCGCACCGAAGUCCUGAAGCCAACGCAAUUCUUGCACACACACAGAGUGGUCUCCAGAGACUACUGGACAUCCCUGAAAGUGAUGGACCGGAUGGCUAUCAAAUCCUCUUCCUGCAAGGUGGCGGCAGCGGCGAGUUCAGCGCAGUGGUUUACCAUAUGGUCGCGAUAUGGCUGGGUGGUGUGGCGAAGAAGAAGCAGCAAGGCCUCGACCAAGAGGCCGCGAGGCUACGCCUUGACUACUUCGUGACUGGCUCCUGGUCGCUGAAGGCCAGUCAGGAGGCUGCUCGGUUGGUCGGCAGUGAGCACGUCAACAUUGUCACCGAUGCCCGCAAGUACCACGAUGGCAAAUUCGGCGUCAUUCCAUCGCAGGAUAGCUGGACCCAGACGAAGAGCAAAGACGAUAUUGCUCUAACGUACUACUGCGACAAUGAAACGGUCGACGGCGUAGAAUUUCCUUGUGCACCAGAAGGUCAGAAUCUGAUCGCUGACAUGUCAUCAAACUUCCUGUCUCGGCCUGUGGACAUUCGAAAACAUGCCGUGAUAUUCGGAGGAGCUCAAAAGAAUGUCGGCACGACUGGUAUCACCAUCGCAAUAGUUUCAAACCGAAUCUUACCGCCCCACGCUGAAAUGGCAGACCCGGCGCUGCUGCGAAAGAUGGGCUUGCCAAUUGGACCAGUCGUCCUUAACUGGCCCACGAUAGCAAAGAACAAUAGUUUGUACAACACUUUACCCAUCUUCGAUGUCUGGAUAGCGGGUCAGGUAAUGCAACGUCUGCUCGACCAAUCACCCGCAGACAAGUCGCCUCGGAUGGCCACACAAGAAGCUGAGUCGAACAGAAAAGCGGACCUGCUGUACUCCGUACUCGAUGCCCAUUCAACCGUAUACAACGUUGUGCCGGAUAAGAGUGUGCGCAGCCGCAUGAACCUGUGCUUCCGGGUAAAUGGUGGCAACGCUGAGGCGGAGAAAGCGUUCUUGAAAGGCGCAGAGAGCCGCAAUUUGAUGGGGUUGAAAGGCCACAGGAGCGUUGGAGGCAUUCGCAUCAGCAACUACAAUGCUGUCCCAGUGGAAGCAGCCGAAAAAUUGGCGUCAUACCUCGAAGAUUUUGCUAAGACGCAGUAAGCGUGGUUCUGCUGAGUAUACUGCCAUAAAAAGUGCUUUAGCGUCGGCGUUGGCGGCUUUGUAUUUGAGUGUGAGGUUCGCGAAUGCGCUCGCUUCCAGACUCCGCUCGUCAUUACAAGAUUUUAUUCCUCGUCGUCCAUCAGCUCGGCCAGCUCGGCCUCCUCCUCGGCCGUGAGCACAGCACUUUUGUCGCCUGCAGCCCCUGCAGUCGAUUUCUCCUUAACAUCUUCGCGGUUAAGCUCCUCAAGGUACCGCGCCAUCUCUCUUUUGUCAAGCGGCCAUUGCCUAACAGUCCCGUCAAUGCUCACGCUUACCACCGUUCGCUCACCCCUGAGAGCGAGCCCAGUAACCUCCUCGUAAUGCCCACUAUACGUACAGACCAGACCACCAGAGCCAGCAUCCCACACUCGCACUUCCUC